GGUGGAGCGGAGCGGUGGGUUCUGCCGGUUGGAGGCUGCGGAGGCUGUACGAGCUAAAGGCUUGCAUGAAGACUUCAGCUCUUUCUGUUUGUAUCCAGGGUCACAGUUACUGGAGGAAGCCACUUUGAAAUCCCCUAGGGCCUUUUUCACACCUGUCUCUCUUGUUCUUAGUGGAUCUUUUCUCAGACCUGACUUGAGCAGCUGCCUCUGCCCGGUUAAGAAAAAUAGCCAUGGAGAGCACUGAAAACUCAGUGGAUGCAAAAUCCAUUAAAGAUUUAGAAACAAAGAUCAUACAUGGAAGCAAAUCGAUGGACUCCGGAAUAUCCUUGGAUAAUAAAUACAAAAUGGAUUAUCCUGAAAUGGGUUUAUGUAUAAUAAUUAAUAAUAAGAACUUCCAUAGAAGCACUGGAAUGUCCGCUCGGUCUGGUACAGAUGUAGAUGCAGCAAAUCUCAGAGAAACCUUUAUGAACUUGAAAUAUGAAGUAAGGAAUAAAAAUGAUCUUACACGUGAAGAAAUUGUGGAAUUGAUGUGCAAUGCUUCUAAAGAAGAUCAUAGCAAAAGGAGCAGCUUUAUUUGUGUAAUUCUAAGCCAUGGUGAAGAAGGAAUAAUUUUUGGAACAAAUGGACCUGUUGACCUGAAAAUAUUAACAAAGUUCUUCAAAGGGGAUCUUUGUAGAAGUCUAGCUGGAAAACCCAAACUUUUCAUUAUUCAGGCCUGCCGGGGUACAGAACUGGACUGUGGCAUUGAGACAGACAGUGGUAUUGAUGAUGACAUGGCAUGCCAGAAAAUACCAGUAGAGGCUGACUUCUUGUAUGCAUAUUCCACAGCACCAGGUUACUAUUCCUGGCGAAAUUCAAAGGAUGGAUCCUGGUUCAUUCAGUCACUUUGUGCUAUGCUGAAAUUGUAUGCACAUAAGCUUGAGUUUAUGCACAUUCUUACUCGGGUUAACCGGAAGGUAGCAACAGAAUUUGAGUCCUUUUCCUAUGACUCCACCUUUCAUGCAAAGAAACAAAUUCCAUGUAUUGUGUCCAUGCUCACAAAAGAACUUUAUUUUUAUCACUGAAAAAUGGUUGACUUUUUUAAAGUUUGUAUGCCAAAUGAGGAAACAAUAUAAAUGAUACUGUAUUUCCUUGUCUAAUUGAAUACUUCAGAUGAUACUUUGAAUCUUGCCAUUUGCCCUGCAAAGGAACUACAAUGCAGCUACCUCGAUCUUAAAAUCAGGUAGUUGAAAUUGAAUUUAUUAGGAAUAAAUAAAUAUGGAUAUUGGUAUAAUCUUAUGAAAAGAAAUUAUUGUAAUUUUACAUCAUUCAUAAUUAGCAACAUUUUGUGGUGAUAUGCUGUGAAUUUUCAACUAAUUAUGAGGAAGUUAAACUUUGCGGUAAUGAAUUUUAGUGAUAUUCCCCCUACACACUUAAGACUGUGUACAUUCUAGUUUUUGUCGUACUGUAGAAAUGAUGUGGAGUAAUGUAUCAUAGACCUUGAGGAUCCGUGGGCAUGGUCAAAAGUUUGAAGCUUUAUUUUAGAACUGAUGUAUGAAAAGGAAUCAGGUGCAUUUUAAAAUUACUUAUAGCUCGUGGUUUUCGUGAUGUUUGUUCUGAGAAUGUGUUUCUUGUAAAAAUAAUCAUGUUUACUAUUGACAAGGAAAGAAAAUAUUUCAGAGAAAGUAAACUGAACUGGUUGUUUUAGUGGACAUGCAAUUUUAGUGGAGAGACAGAAUCAUAACUGUAAGGUGCUAAGAUCCACCAGCAUGUUUCUUCUCAUUUGUUCUUAUGCAAGUCAGAUGAAAUUUACACACCAGCAGAAUAUCUGAAGAUCCACUAUGUAAAAACCUCACGCUAUUACUAACUAGGAUAAUAAUGAGAAGAAAUUCUACAGGAACAUUCUAAAAUAUCAUCUGCAUAAGAAACAGUGAAAAAAAAAAGAAAACAAUAAAUGGAUCAGCUGGACAAGCUGUAAUUUGUGAGAAGACUGUUUGAGCCUGAGCAGAGAUGUGGCUCUUUCCAAACUAGGCAGAGCUAUAGGUGCCACUUCAGAGAAGUUGAUGCCUAAUGAUUCCUUCAGGCGCAUACAGUGUGUGUAUGGAAGAUACUGCCAGGGCACACAAGAAAGUGAACCAAGAGAGAAACUUCUAAAAUGGAGCUUUUCUGAAGAGUCACAAAGAUUGUAAUAUUUAUUGUGGAAUAAUUUGUAAGCAUGCUACUUUCUGUUGAAGUUUACAUUCAGUGGGAAAAUAGUGGUAACAUUUCAUACUGUUACCUGAAAUGAAAGGAUCACAGCACAUAAGCGUUUUGAAGCAACCAAUCAGAACCUCUCUUGUGCAUGUGGAGAAACUGCAGGCCAGUGCUCAGCCCCAGCCAGGGAGGCCAGGCGCCAAGCUUCCUCACUCGUGUGGGUGUUCAGCAUUGCUGACUGCACCCACGUGCUCCACCAACUUUCAGUCUGAUGUUUCACGUGAACUUUCUUUUGGCUGAAAGAAAGGAACUGACAUUUAUAAUUGACAACUAUUUGUUUUGAUAAGAUCUAUUAAUUUUUUCUAAAUGUAGCAUGUAAUGAUACCCUAAGGUGGGUUUGUGUGACAAUUUUAUAAAAGUUUUUUAAUUUGCAUUUUUAUUUC